UGGGGAAAUACCGUAAACAAACAUUCUUUCUUGUCAACUUGAACGCAUGUACCCAUUUCGUUUUCGGUUAUUGUGUCGGAGAAUCACACAUUUAACACCGUCUCUUUAGUAGCCACGGUUAUUGAGUUAUUGUUUGAAGCUGCUGGAGCCCAGUCGCGCUGUUUGUACCCGGGAGGAGAAGAUAUUCGUGCUAAUUGCCCCGCUGAAGCUGCACUGCUUUGAGAAGAAACGAUGUCUGACUUGAUUCUGGUAUUCCUGUUAGUCGUGCUCCUGGUGUGUUUGAUUGGGACAAUUGGUGCCUUCCUGGUUUACUCCGGACUUCUGUGUGACGUGAUUAUAAAGACCGGGCCACCUCCUGUCAGAAAUGUUACCAUUGCUUAUAAGUUCAAAGAGGGAUCAUACAAGGACUGCGGUGCAGCCUACACUGAGAGCUGCAGCAUUGGGCCAAAGCUGAGCACCGUCGGGGUCUUCUACGAUGACCCCAAACAGAGGCCAGCAGAGAAAUGUCGCUACGUGGUGGGCAGUGUCCUGUGUGAGGGCGAAGAGAAGCCGGAUGAAGAACUGCAGAAGAUGUACGAGGAUUUUGGCUUCAAGGUUUUCUCUCUGCCUGAAGUGAGCCAUGCUGUGACCACCAGCUUCCCCUGCUCCACCCCUCUGUCUCACGUUGUGGGACCUUACAGGGUCUACCCCAGGCUCUCUUCCUACAUCGAGGAGAGGAAGCUCUGUGCAUUCCCAACUAUAGAGAUCUGUGGCUCAGAUGUCAUCAACUACAUGGUCCCACUGUCUCGCCAGACAGACUUCUUUGUUCCAGAAAUGAAGGAGGAAGUUAAAGCAGAUGUUAAAGAAGAGGACUCGGAUGAAGACAGAGGAACUGACAUUACAGGUGCAGACUCCCACAGUGAUGUGAGUUCAGUCAGCAGCGGCGUGCCCUGGGACAGCAGAGAGACUUCCCUGGCUGCCUCCACAGCCGCCUCCCUGGUAUCUUCCCUGCCUCUGAGGGACGUAAUGGAUGCAAAUGAUGACAUUAAGCACAGGGACAACAGCGAGAGAGGCUCAAACGAGUCCAUGGGCAGCGGCUCAUCCUUUGAAGAGCUUGACAUGGAUCAGGAGGAGCAGGAGGCGGGAGAAGAAAAGGAGGGGAAGGGAGAUGGAGAAGAGGCGGGGGUCCCUGAGGGUGAAGAUUGUGCUAGAGAAGCAGUUGAACUGGUGGCUGAGAAGAAGGAGCCCUUUGGGGAUGGAGAAGAAUAGGGAGGAUGCUGAAGAGAUAAGAGAGGAGGCCAUGUAACACUGGCGUGCUAGAGAGUUUCUCAGUUCUUGCUGGUUUUCUGUCAUGUAAUCUUGUUGGUGGAUCUAAAGCUGUUCAUGCCAUGACCAACAUGCCAUAUUUCUGCGCCUUUUAAUUCUCUUUUUGAUGCCUGUACUUUUUGUUAUGUUAUAAUCUCUUUUAUUUUAUUUUAUUCUCAACCCUACAUUUGAACUAAAACAGACAUUUGGUGAAGUCUUCUUAAGUAAACCCACAUGUCUCUGAACAUGGAGUGCAGCAAAUGAAAAGCAAAGUUAAUUUAACCCUGUCUUUCUUUCAAGCCAUAAUCCUGUGUGAAUCCUCACUAUUCCUGUAAAAGAUAAAAAGUGAAAAUAGAGUUUAUUAUUAACAAAAAAGGAACGACGCUGAUGCCUGUUACCCCGAAUCAUCAAACAGCAAAUGUUCCCCUUGUAUGACUGUUAAUAUUGUACCCCACAUUCAAGGUCAUGACCUAAAGAGUUUUGUUGUAUCUUGUUGGUGUGUUACCCACUUUUGGUGUUUUAAUAUACAGUAACUGUGGGGUGAAAAUGUGCAGAUUUCUGAUGGACCUAUUUCAGUGUGUUAUUUACUUUUCCUAAUUUUGAGAACAUUUAUCGCACAGGGGAAAGUUUUAAAGACCAUGGCAUAACAUUUUUUAGAAACACCAGUAAAGUAACAUCACAAAGCCUCAAAAUCACUGAGACUACGAUUUAAAAUGCAAUUCAAAGAUGCAAACUUUUCCCUUUGGAUACUGUACAGAACAUUUUAAUCUCACCCUAUGCUCAGAUAAUUGCUUUUGUUUUUUAAAGUAUUGUUCUCUUCCGUAGUCAUUCUGUUGAACCACCUUACAGUCCUGUUUGUAGCCUAAAUUCACUCUCUUCCAGGGACUAGUCGUGAUUUGUUUGUAGGUUGUUGGUGCUGUGAGACAUUGGAAGUCAUGUACAGCACAUUGCUAUGGUGGUGUCUGUCUGUCUGUAAUAAAGAAAUCAGAUUGAUCCAUCAGAUCAAUUGUGCAUAGAUACACAAUAGUUACAAAAACAAGUUGUACGUUUUAAUGCAAAGCCACAUCAUUAAACCUGUACUCUGAGGACAA